AGCUCGCUGGUGGCUCACAAGACAUUUUACAACGCUUGCUCCAUCCAUCGACAAUGGGGUCAUCGUCCAGGAACGUGCUCAUAUUGUGCGGCGACUACAUGGAGGACUACGAGGCAGCCGUGCCCUUCUACGCGCUGGCUGCACUCGGCGUGGGCGUCCACUGUGCGGCGCCGGGCAAAUCCCCCGGCGACGCUUGCCUGACCGCCGUCCACGAAUUCCUCGGCUACGACCUCUACACGGAGCUACCGGGUCACCUCUUCCCGAUGACCGCCCACUUCCCGGCAGACCCGGCUUCGUACGACGCCUUGGUCGUCCCGGGCGGGCGCUCCGUGGAGCCGCUCAGCACGGACGCCGACGCGGUGUCGCUGGUGAGGGCGUUCGCGGUGGAGCUGCGCAGGCCGGUCCUGCUCACGUGCCACAGCCAGCUUCUUCUGGCCGCCGCGGGCGCCAUGGGCGGCGUCCGGUGCACGGCCUUCCACAGCGUGCGGCCUGUCGUGGAGCUGGCCGGCGGGACAUGGGUGGAGCCCGACCCAUGGAGUCUCUGCGUCUCCGACGGCCACGUGCUCACCGCCAUCGGCUGGCCCGCGCACGCCGAGAUUAUCAGGGAGCUCCUGCGCGCCAUGGGCGGCCGCGUCCUCGGCGCCCGCCGCCAAGGCGUCCUCGUCCUCUGCGGCGACUACGUGGAUGACUACGAGGCGAACGUGCCCUUCCGUGUGCUAGCCGGCGUGGGAUGCCGUGUGGAGACGGCGUGCCCAACGAAGCGCAAGGGCGAGGCGUGCGUCACCGCCAUCUACGACGACGCCGGCAAGGAGAAGCGCGGGCACAACUUCGUGGUGACCGUGGACUGGGAUGACGUGCACAUGGACGACUACGAGUGCGUGCUCCUGCCCGGCGGCCGGUCGCCGGAGCUACUGGUGACCAACGACAAGGCGGUGAGCCUGGUCUCUGAGUUCGCCGCCAGGGGGAAGCUGGUCGCCAGCAUCGACCAGGGCCACCUGCUCCUCGCCACGGCGGGGCUGCUCAAGGGCAAGAGAUGCGCGAGCGGAGUCCCCAUGAGAGUCAUCGCUGGCCUCGCCGGCGCCAUCGCCGUGGAGCCUAAAGGCGCGGUCGCCGACGGGAAGCUCGUCACGGCGGCCAGCUGGACGGACCUUGCCCAGUUCAUAGCUCACCUCCUCGAUCUCUUGGACGUCACCGUCUCAUUCACAACUUGAUCUAUCAAUCGUCUUCAUUUUUUGCCCAGUUCAUUCCCAUUUUGUCGCUUGUCAUAAUGUCUAGGGAAACUGGGAUCCCAAUGAUCAGGAUCUUCGUAGACAUGACAAACACCUUUCUUCUUGUUAAUCUUUUUCUUGAAAUUGGUGCGCUACGAAGCCUUUUUCUACCCAUCAAACCUUUAUCAUCAAACUUGCCCUUGUUCUUGAACUUAUGGGGUUGGAAGUCUUUCUCCUGUUCCCGAUUGGCACUAGAACCUCCCUCAAUACCUCGAGUUAUCUUUUUCUCUUACCUUUUCUUCCACACCAAAAGUACUAAUGAGAUCCAGAACGGGAAAUUUUUGCCUCAGAUGCUUCAGAGAGGUAGCAGAUUACCUACACGUGGGAGGAAUCUUAGUGAUGCUGCCUCCGGCAACAAACUUGUCCGGUAACAUACAAUUGAAGUGCUCAUAAUGACUGCAUCUCAUGGGCUUGAUCAACCACGGAGCGCUCUUCAGUCAUCCUGUAGUCAUAGAAUUGUUCCGUCAUGUACAACUCAGUGUCAGCAUCUGAGAUCCCAAACUUGGAAUCGAGUGCGUCCCACAUAUCUUUGCCAUUAUCAAUUGAUGCAUAAGUAUCAACUAUGUUCUCACCAAGACACUGAAGAGAAAAGCUUGUUUGUGUCCAAGAUCAA